AUGGACAGGUCGCACUACGCUGGGCGUUGCUGGGCGAGUAAGGACGCCGCAGGGGCCGGGGUGGUGGCACCCAGCCAAGCGCACCUGGCGGACAACGUCUGCCCAGACACCAGAGGUGCGCGUCUGCCCACCACCCCACCGUCCCGGCUAUCGGCCGCCACCGACAUCGGCGGCCAUGCCAGCAUCUGCACCAGCCGCCAAGGACAUCGGCGGCCACGCCACCAGCUGCACCGGCCGCCACCAACAUCGGCGGCCAAGCAAGCACCUGCACAGGCCGCCAACAACAUCGGCGGCCAUGCCACCAGCUGCACCGGCCGCCACCAACAUCGGCGGCCAAGAAAGCACCUGCACAGGCCGCCAACAACAUCGGCGGCCAUGCCACCAGCUGCACCGGCCGCCACCGACAUCGGCGGCCAAGCAAGCACCUGCUCCGGCCGCCAACAACAUCGGCGGCCACGCCACCAGCUGCACCGGCCGCCACCGACAUCGGCGGCCAUGCCACCAGCUGCACCGGCCGCCACCGACAUCGGCGGCCAAGCAAGCACCUGCUCCGGCCGCCAACAACAUCGGCGGCCACGCCACCAGCUGCACCGGCCGCCACCGACAUCGGCGGCCACGCCACCAGCUGCACCGGCCGCCACCGACAUCGGCGGCCAAGCAAGCACCUGCUCCGGCCGCCAACAACAUCGGCGGCCACGCCACCAGCUGCACCGGCCGCCACCGACAUCGGCGGCCAAGCAAGCACCUGCUCCGGCCGCCAACAACAUCGGCGGCCACGCCACCGGCUGCGCCGGCCGCCACCGACAUCGGCGGCCAAGCAAGCACCUGCACCGGCCGCCAACAACAUCGGCGGCCACGCCACCGGCUGCGCCGGCCGCCACCGACAUCGGCGGCCAAGCAAGCACCUGCACCAGCCGCCAUUAA